AUGGCGACCGCAUCGACAGUCCUAGCCUUAAAAGGCACCGUGAUCCAGUAUCCAUGGCACUCACUCGGUAUCUCAGUUCUGGUUGUACCAAUCCUCUACAUCAUUCUCAAUGAAUUCAUUCGUUCCUCCGCCCGUGUUAAGGGCAUGGGAGGACCACGCGGAUUCCCAUUAAUUGGAAACCUAUAUCAGAUUCGAGUCAACGCAGCAGAGCAGUACCGGAUCUGGUCUAAGAAGUUUGGAGCUGUUUACCAGAUCCAGCUGGGGAAUGUUCCCGUCGUGGUGGUUAACUCAGCUGCAUCUGCGAAGGUGCUUUUUGGACAGAACGCUCAAGCUUUGAGUUCGCGACCGGAGUUUUAUACCUUCCAUAAGAUCGUUUCCAAUACUGCAGGUACUACCAUCGGCACAUCACCCUACAGCGAUUCCCUGAAGCGUCGCCGCAAGGGAGCCGCAUCUGCACUGAACCGACCCUCCGUUGAUUCCUACGUCUCGCACCUCGAAGUUGAAUCGAGAGCCUUCGUGGAGGAACUAUUCCGAUAUGGCAAAAGCGGCAAGAGUCCCGUCGAUCCGAUGCCUAUGAUCCAGCGUCUGAGUCUCAGUCUCGCCUUAACAUUAAACUGGGGUGUUCGAAUUGCCUCACAAGAAGAAGAACUUUUCGACGAGAUCACGCACGUUGAGGAAGAGAUCAGCAAAUUCCGCAGUACAACCGGUAACCUUCAAGACUACAUUCCACUUCUACGAUUGAACCCAUUUAGCACGAACUCCGCCAAGGCAGCAGAGAUGCGAAUCCGACGUGAUCGGUACCUAGGAUCACUGAAUCGCGAUCUAGACGAUCGAAUGGAGAAAGGGACCCACAAGCCGUGCAUUCAAGCGAAUGUGAUUCUGGACAAGGAAGCCAAGUUAAACACCGAAGAACUUACCUCGAUUAGUCUAACGAUGUUAUCUGGAGGUCUGGAUACAGUAACCACACUAGUCGCAUGGAGCAUAGGGCUUCUAUCACAACGCCCCGAUGUCCAAGAUAAGGCUGCCAAGGCCAUUGCGGAAAUGUAUGGCCAGGAUGAGCCCAUGUGUUCAUCGGACGACGAUCAAAAAUGCGCCUAUGUUGCAGCUUUGGUUCGGGAAUGUCUCCGAUAUUUUACUGUGCUCCGACUGGCUCUACCUCGUACAUCAAUUCGGGAUAUAACCUAUCAAGGAAUAGUGAUCCUUAAGGGAACAGUAUUUUUCUUAAAUGCAUGGGCCUGCAAUAUGGAUCCCGAAAUCUGGACAGAUCCAGAGUCAUUCCGACCGGAGCGCUGGUUAGAGCAACCUGAUGCACCAUUAUUUACGUAUGGGAUGGGAUACCGGAUGUGUGCAGGCUCCUUACUUGCAAACCGCGAACUUUACCUAGUGUUUAUGCGGACGCUGAAUAGUUUCCGAAUUGAACCGCACGAUGAUACGGAUUGGCACCCAGUUCGAGGAUGUUCGGAUCCGAGUAGUUUGGUGGCUAUUCCACAAAGGUAUCAGGUGCGAUUUGUGCCCAAAGAUCCAGUGGCGUUGGGGAAAGUGUUGGUUCAAUCAUAA